AAAUCAUAACCCUUAGGAAUUUACAACAAAAACCACAACCCUUAGCCGAAACGAAAAGUACAUAAAAACCAUAUCUCAUAUCUCAUCAUUUUUUUGGUUAGCUUCUUCAAGGAGCCAUGCAGCGUUCGCCAGCUUUGGUUCGCAAUUUCCUCCGCCAGGGAAGCAACCAAUUUCUAACCGUUAAAUCACGCCCGCCAUGUGACGUGUUCAUUAACCACCGUGGGAUCGACACCAAGAGAACCGUGGCCGGGUUGCUCUUUUACCAUUUCUCAAGGCUCAACUUGCAUCCUUUCUUGGACAGCAAGAACAUGAAACCUGGGGAUAAGUUGUUCGACAAAAUUGACGGGGCGAUCCACAAAUGUAAGGUGGGGGUUGCCGUGUUUUCACCUCAUUAUUGCGAAUCUUACUUUUGUCUCCAUGAGUUGGCUCUGCUCAUGGAAUCUAAGAAGAGGGUGAUACCAGUUUUCUGCAAUGUAAAGCCGUCUCAUCUUAGGGUCAGGGACAAUGGAACUUGCUCCGCAGUUGAGCUACAAAGGUUCAGUUGGGCACUUGAAGAAGCUAAGUACACGGUUGGACUCACUUUCGACUCCUCUAAAGGGGAUUGGUCGGAGUUCCUAAGAGAAGCUUCUGAUGCAGUGCUGCAGAACUUGGUGGAAGUGGAAGAAGGAGUAUACCGACCGUAAAUACCAUGUGCAGGAUCAAUGUUAAUAUGACACACACAAUCACUUGAUUACUUGACAAUUUCACAAGAAAAAUAUAAUACUUUACAAUUAUAAAAU